UUUCUCGGUGCUCGCAGUGGUUAGUUGGGAAGUGUGGGGAGAAACGUGAAGCCGGGCGGUACAGUAGUGCAAUGUUGUGAUAUCACUUAUCUAUAAUAUUAUUAUCUUAUCCAAGGGAAUCAAAGUCUGAGUGUAUGUCGGUGCUUCUAGGUUACGAGCUCAUUCACUGUUACAAAAAGGGAACAUACCCUCACUGGAGGAAUGUAAAGUGGCCAUUCCACCAAAAACCACGUUAGUCUUCACUUCAGUCUGCACGUGGAGGUAGUGAAUUGUGAUUGGGCUGUGAAUUGUUUUCUAUUAUUUUGUAACAUACGAAAUAAAGUAGAACGAAUCAUUUACAGUGCUAUAGUGUACUGCAGUAAAUGUAUUGUGUUACAGUGUUUUAAAGAUUUUUAUAAAGGUUGUAAGAUAAGAUUGUAGAUAUACAAAAAAAAAGUUUAUAGAACUGUUUAAAAAAUGGGUAGAGCUAGAAGAAACAGUCGCUCCAAACGUGCUAGAUCCUUGCGUGUUUUUUAUGCGUGUAAAAAAGCAGUAGAAAAUUUAAAUGACGAUUGUAUGAAUAGAAUUCUGGAGGAAUCGAGACGUGAACUUGAUAUAUUGAAAGAAGCAGAACAAAGUCCAUCCCAAGAUCGACCAAAUUAUCGAGAGGAAGAAUCAAGUACCAGUAGUGAUGAAGAAACAUUUUUCACCAAUAUUUUGAAGAAAAUAGUGAAGCAUGGAAAGCACAAAAUGUAUUUGUCUGACAGCAAGGAAUCAAAUCUUUCAAAUGAAAUGGAAUCCGAUAAUGACGAUGACAAUGAUGAUUCGGCAAAACCCCCAAAGCUAUCCCCCCUAUUGAAGACCCAUUGUACCCCCACCCAGUAUUGCCCCCAACAUUUCCCAUCCCCCCUUCCGUCCUCAAGGCUGCCAAGUCUAAGAAAAACCCGAAAUCAACAACUUCGAAAACCAAAAAACCCUCAAAAUCAUUGACUUCUAAAACUCAGAAACCAUUGUCAUCAAAGCCAUCUAAACUGCAAAGGAAAUCUUCUAAUUCGUUGUCAUCAACCUCUUCAAAGACCGAUACUAGUAAUGGCCAGCAUUGGUUGGACAAUCAGGAGAUAAAAGUUAUCGAAAAAGCCCUCAAACUCCUCAAAUCGUCAAACGAAAUGUCCAACGAUCCCCACUACGCAUAUGGACUGCACAUUGCCAAUCAGCUGAAAAAGUAUGACUCCAACACACUGAUUCAUGUGAAGAAAGCCUUUGCCGACAUCUUGCACCGAGCAGAUAUGCAACAAUCCGCAAAAAACAAGCAGUCAAAGAGUAAUAACCAUGCUGCAACCUCGUCACUUGAAGGAGAAAGCUAUGACAAUAAAACUUUUCCCAUUACACCCGUUUUUCUGCCCACUAACCCCUAACAAAACCAAGGUGAUAAUCUGUGAUAAUAACUUGAUGAUACCCUAACAAGUUACCUUUCUUACGUUUCUCACUAAAUGAGAUAGAUUCUGUUGAGAAAUUAAAGGGUUCAACAAGUGUAAGUUCAUUAUUUUAUAGUUGCUCAAUUUUUGAUGAUUUAAUUUUCGUUAAUUUAGGUAAAGGUUAAUGAUAUUUCCUAUUCGAAGUUGAGACUGAUGUUUAAGUUCGUGUAGAAAUGAGUCACUCUGUAUCCAAUUGUAAAUAUUAUUUUUAUUUGUUUAACAUCAGUUAUUAGUAUCGGCCUGAUUCAUUAGCCUAUUUUUUGUUCAAUCAAUUUGUUUAAAAAGUUACACAGCUCACAUUGUUCCUACUUAGUUCUUGUAAAUUUGAGUUGGAGGCAUCAAUUAACUUUUUAUUUUUUUCAACUUCUAUAUUCUCUAUUAUUCCACGAUGGUUGGUGUUAGUGCCAACACACCGUACACAUAAAUAAUCACGCUAUUCGAUAGAGCUAGCUAGAGGAACAUAUUGACUUGAAAAUAUUACUGUAUUACAAUAUCAUAUCAAACUGCUGCAAAUGAUGAUAUUGUACAGUGUACUGUAUUGAUAUAAACUAAUCGAAUAAUUCAUUCAAAUCAAUAACCAAUGUAAGUUAUACUGAAUUGAAUGAUAGUAUCAAAUAAUUUUUUUAUUAUAUUAUUACAAACACACUGUUGAUUAAAUUUCGUUUAUUGAUUCAAGAUUGUUUUGAUUGAAGCAAGUAAAUUUUUCUAACUACAGUACAAAAUUGCAUUAGUCAUUUUUAGAUAUUUUAAACCUUCAAUAAAUUUGAGAAGGCUUCUCUGACUAUUUUUUGCUGAUAUUGAUUAUUUAUGUCAGUCUUCAGGAAUAACAGUAUUUAUGUAUGUUAAUAUUUAUCUCUAUUUAUAUGAGUGUGUUUUUAUCGAUUUAGAAUAUAACGCACAUUGUUUAGAAGAUUAAUCGAUUAUAGAAAAAGUUGUUCCAGAGAUAAACAACAAAUAUUACUGCUUAUAUCAUAAUUGCAAUAAAUUAAAUUCAAUUAAAUUUAUUAAAGUACAAUUAAAUUCGAUUUGUAAAAUCAAAUAAUUUAUGUUACUGAUUACGUAGAAGUGUAAUGAGCUAAUUUAGACUAUUAUCAUGAUAUAUUUCAAGUUAUUCAUUAUGAUGGAAAUCUUCUUUAGUUUCUGUUUAGUUUAACUCGUGAAGUGGUAAAAAUGUAUAUUAUGGCAGUUUCUAAAGAUUAAUGAAUUAUUGGAAAAUUAAAAAUGUCUGUACCGUAUUACUUUGAUAAUAAGUUGAAUUUACAUUUGCUUUAAUUAAUUACAAUAUUAUAAAAUUAAA